GAACUUAUUCCAAACGAUUCGACACAACUCUAGUGUUGCGCGUUUCAUGCAUCGCGAGCGGGCUGCUCUCGGUUGUUAUUAUCAAUUUGUUUUUGUUUUUUGUUUAUCGUGCCGUUUAAACGGAGCCACCAGGCUGACACUAAUCAGUAGCACGUAAUCAGCGAGAGUAAAUCAAAACAAUAUUUCAUUUCUACGCAGCAGCAACAGCAGCCGGAAAAACAAGUUGGCGCCGUGCCUCAUGGUGAAUUGACAUUCUCGUCUCUGACAUUUAGUGAGAAAGUGCAAGUGCGCGAGUUGCAACGACGCCCAUGCGCGAACAGCUGAUACAUCGAUCGAUCGAUCGGUCGAUCAAUCUAUCGAUCAAGUAAUUGAAACUAACCUAACCUAACGGUAAUUUACAGAUUGCAAUUAAAAAUAAUAACAAUAUCGAAUAUUCAUACAUACAUACAUACAUUAAUUGAAACGCUUAAGCAGCAGGCUGCGAUAAAAGACUUCAUAAGAAAAGAACAACAAACGAAAAGAAAUGUUUCAAAUUCCGCGACCCUCGCGGCUAACGCUGCAAGGCGCUGCCAUUGCACUCGUUACAGUGCUGUUAAUGUCCUGUGUACGUCCUUUGGGUGUCCUGUUCCUGGGCCUAUUCAGUUACUGGCUGUAUUGGACACGCUGCAGUUUUCGAGUUGUCCUCACACCAGAGUUGCGAGUCAAGUUUGAAUCCUGGUUGCAAAGCGCUGAGGAUUGGCGUCGAGAUUCUCCCAGCAUGUUCUGCCUGGUGAGCAGCGCCUGCCUUGCCUCCCUGGCCAUAUUGGGGCAUCUGAUAUCGGGCUCCACGUUAGUGCUGACACUCCUCGUUCUGUCUGCGCUCGUCUCCACCAAAUACAACUUCAAACUACUCCAAAUUGAACGCAAAGACUUUCAAUGGUCGGAGAAGAUUAACUACAACAAUGCGGAUGCUGAGCUCGACGAUGAGUUUAUGCCGGAUGUGAAUGAAUCAAAUCUAUUCGUGCUGGAACGCGCCAGCGAUGUGAACACCAUUAGCUCACCCACCGAUGCCGAUGUCGAGGGUGUUGGCGAUGACGAUAAGAGCGAUGAUAUACCCUCCGAGCUGCUUAUACCCGAUGCUAUACCCGAAAUCGAUGAACACUCCACAGAUGAGGAUGAUGAGCUGGUGCCGCUGUCGCAGUCCAAGUCAAGUGCUCAAACGAAUCCCGCUGCACAUGAGUAUGAGAAGAACAGGCCAGCCGAUGUGAAUGAGACAACAGUGUCCAAGUCGAUGGAUUUUCGCAGAGGGCACUUUAAACGCGACUCCUCGCUGUCCACCACCUCAUCAUCGUCGGAAGAGAGCCUCUCCAAGGGCUUACAGUUUCCCGAUCACACCAGCGUCGAUGGUGGAGGCUCCUCCGCACUCCGUCAGCUAACGGCCGCGCCCAGCAACGAUGCCGCCACCAGCAGCUCGCAGUUAUUGGCGCUGGCCGUAAAAACUCAAGCGCAAGCGCUUCUGCCCAGCCUCAUGUCCAAUUUGGUGCAGUGGGGCGCAAACAAUGAGCUGGUCAGCACGGAUAAUCAAGCGCCAGCCAAUCGCCAGAGACGCCAAGUGACCGCCCUGGACUCUUCCGAUGAGAGCGACUUUGAGAUACUCGAAACGGAUGACUUUAAGUAAACUACUUUUGUUUGGAGCGUAUUACCAACUAUUAUCUUAAAUAUAUAUAUAUAUAUAUAUAUAUAUGUACACAUAAAUAUACAAUGCAUACGCAUGUAGAGAUCAAUCCAAAAACACAGAUACACACACACACACACACACACACACAGACAGACAAAGACAUGCCAUAUGAGAAAAACUAAAACAAAGCAGACGAUUUAAAUUUGAAAGAUUUAAAUCUACACAUUAAAACAAAAACAAAUUAUAAUAUGUAAAGAUAUACGUAUGUAUGUAUUGUAAGUCUAUUUUAUAAUCUGGUUAAUCGAUUUAAAUAGAUUUGUAAUAUUCGAUUAGAUUACAUCCAUUGUUUUUGUUUUGAGUUCUGUUAUCUGUGCUUGUGCUUUGUACAUUAUUAUUUUAAUUAUAUUCUAUUUUUAUUAUUAUGAUUACAAUUAUUUUAAUUACUUGUGUUUCACUUUUUUUGGAGCAGCGGUUUAGUUACUAAAGACGCUAAUCGCAAUUGAUUUACAUUUCGAUUACGAGUUCUAUUUGCUGUGUGCAACAAUGUAAAUACUUUUGCUUUUUUAUUUUUAUCAAUAUUCAUAUUUACAUACAGACACACCCACACAUAUACACAUACAUAUACAAAACAGUGCAUACAUAUACAGUACAAUAUACGGAUAACCAUGAAAAUGUUGAAGCUACUUAAUCUGUACCCGGAACGCUUAAAACAAACAAAACUAACAAAAUGUAACGUAAAUCGGGCAAGCAACCAAACAUACUUAAAAUUAUUCUAUAAACCUGAUGCGGUGCUAUAAACCAUAUAUAAUAUAAAUCGCUUAAGAGCAAAUCGCGAUAAUGUUUAUAAAAUGAAUUGUUCUUAAGCGAUCAUUGAUUCGAAUUAUUAAUUUAAAGCCAUUUUAAAAACAAAACAAAUAAAAAACGAUUUAUUUCGAUUA